UGGUAUUAUAAGGGUUUCAAGCCUGUGAAAUAUGGACAAUGUUGGGUAUAUGGCGGAUUACUCUGCACAGUACUCAGAUGCUUAGGCAUUCCAACAAGGGUCAUCACCAACUUCAACUCUGCCCAUGACAAGAAUUCAAACCUGUUUCUAGAUUUGUGUUAUGACAGCCAUGCAACUAGCAACGAGUCUCAGCAGGAUAUGAUAUGGAAUUUCCAUGUCUGGAAUGAGUCCUGGUUCGCCCGUAAUGAUCUAGACCCGGCAUAUAAUGGUUGGCAGGUUAUGGAUGCAACACCACUGGAGUUAAGUGAAGGACUAUAUCGCUGCGGCCCUGCACCACUGGUAGCCAUU